AUAAUCAAUUUGCAUCUGCGUUACUGGCGAGUUGCAUUCAACAGGAGGAAUUCGAUAAGGAAAAUAAUCCUGAUGGCUUUGGGGCUCCUAAAUACAGUUCUUCAAAUGAUUUGGAUGAAUGGAGUGUUCAAAAGCCGCAUCCAUAUUUGGAAGUUCUUGGAAAGUCGAUGGAAAGCGAAUUGAACUUUGAAGCACACUUAAGUGAUGAUGAUGAUGACGAGGAAGUGGUUGUGGAGAAACACAGCACCGAGAAACCUACUGGAAACAAGGACAUCUCUGCUACAGCUCCUAUUUCUCCGGUGAAGUGGAUUUUUCUAACGCAUGAUAGUUAAUAUAGCUAUCUCCUGACAGAAUGCACAGUUAUUCCAUUCUUCAAAAACAGGUUGAGUAAAAUUUUCAUCUUAAAAAAAGCGUUUUUCGACAGAAUUUCCUAGAGAAUUGAAUAUUUUGUUCUUUCAUUAAGACAUCAGAAGAAAUCGAA